CUGACCAAACUACCACGAAAUCGACUGCUGAACUUGGACAAAAUCUGUAAAGUUGAAUUACAAACUACUUACUAUGAUGCACUCCUCUCUGAAAUUAUUGCCAACCAAGACCAAAAUGUAGCACUGCGAUGGGCCAACAAAUCAUCACCUGAAGAAGAGUCUGAUAUCCAACCCGACGCAAUUAUCUCAACACUGAUACAGCAUGAUUUUGGUUAUCCUGUUGGUUUUGGUGAGGUCAAGCCUGGAAAUAGCUCCACAACAAAAGAGUUUCAAUCCUUAACAAUUAAUUUUACUGUAAACAGAUUACCCCCCAAACACUCUGUUUGUAUGGACAUUCUUCGCCUGGGAAUCGCAUCAAAAAGGGCAAUCGACAAAUGGCAUUUGAGUGGUUGCCUUGCAUUUAUGAUCAAUGGCUUCUAUAUCUCCUUCUUCCACAAACACUUGUACACAAUGACCGAAAUUGGCGCUAUGACCGUUGCCUCUUCCCUGUCGGUGCUUCACUCGUUCGCCUCUCUAAAGAACCUUGAUAUGUUGUCCAACAUUGGUCACUGCCUUUUGAACCACUGCAAUGCUACUGACGCUACUCCCAAUGUUGAAUCAACUAGUAUUGAUGACGGUUUGGUGAUUCCCAUCUCCGACUUUUAUGCUCUCAUUGACAAGUCUCGCAACAAAGCUCGUGGUAUUUCAUCACGAUAUUGA